AUGAUGGUAUCGCCUGAGCGUCCUUCCUGGCCCGUGAGAUAUGCCUUGGCGCUCUUUGGCGUUUGCGCAGCUGACGCAUUUAGACACGUGGAUCUGUCGGACGACAGCUUCGUCCCAGAAAGGCAUUCUUUUGAAUGGCUGCCCUGUGAAGCACAACCAGUGCACUGCGGUCAAGACUACUUUCACGAGGUGUACAUGAAUUUCCAGACUGCAGAGGAAAUCAUAGUGAUGGGUUGGUGGACAAUGAUCGAUUCACCGAUCUUCAGUCCAGAAUUUGGACGGCCUCCGAACAUGACCAUGAGAGAACUCGUGAAGUCAGCCGCAGAACGUGGUGCGAUUAUCUACUAUCUUUUCUGGCAAACGGCUCUGUCGGAAAAAAUGGGCUACCCCGUUGAAGAGCCGGCAGCACAGCUGCGGGCUUUGCAUCCCAACGUAAAGACGCUAGUGGACACAAGCAGAGAUAUGGUCACAGUGCUCUGGUCAGCUCACAUCAAGGUGGCUGUAUUCGACCGCCGCUUGGCCUAUGCUGGUGGGAUUGACUUUGCAAACUCACGCCUGGACUCGCCGAGGCACCAGCUGCCGGACGAGGCCAGAACUCCAGCACCAGAGAAUCUGCAACAUGGUCAGCACGGAUAUUCGAAGCCGUGGGAGGACAUGAUGAUCAAGCUCACCGGCGAAGCAGCGGAAGACCUUGCGACAGUAGCUGUCGAGCGCUGGUGGACUUAUUGCGAGAGCCUGAUGCUCCCCCAAGCCACCGGACAGUGCCGCGACAAGAACAAGCCACCGUUGACAUCCUUGGGGACACUCUCUGUCAAACUGAUUUCCAAGGAGGAAGGCACGAACGAAGUUGAACUCACAGUGGAUGGUGGCUACAGUCCUCUUGUCAGAAAGCUCAAAGCGGUGGGACAAGCAGCUGUGCUGGAUCUGGGUUCCCGACGCGACAUGUCCAAGAGGGCAACGCUGAAGAUGUUUGUGGAUGACCGCGAAGGUCGCCUUUUCGCCAAUCGUCCGCCGGUGACCAGCGCAGCUGUUGCAGGAGACGCUUGCAGCAGCUCCGUCGGGGGAGGAAUUCAAGCCACGGGAAUGUUCUCCAAGGCUUGCACCUGCAAGGCGCUUGCAUAUGUUGCCGGGCAGAAUCCAGCUUGCGAGACUGCGAAGAUGAACAACCAGUAUGAUCCCAUGAAACUGUUGGGCAAGGGCUGCUUUUGUCAGCAGGUCUCGCAGACCUGGCCACUCCUUGACUUCCGCACUGAUGCUCCGCAGCAAGUGUCUCUGGCAGGAGCCACCCUGCAGAUCUCGCACUCCAGGGGGAAGCUCCUAGACGCUUCCGCAGCAAACAAAUGUCGCCUGCUGCUUCAAGGAAGUCACAUGUGGCUGGGAACCAGCCAGGUGGUUGCGGACAUCUACCAGGUACAUCGUGACAUGAUUGCCAAAGCGUCGCGCAGUGUUUACAUUGAGAAUCAGUACUUCGGCAGUCGCUUGAGCAGUGCAGAAGAAGCAAUGUCGGAAAGAUGCCAAUCCCUGCAGAGCUCCGCGGAGAAUGACCUGGCACACCUGCUUUUUCACAAGAUCACGACCAAGGCCCAGCGUGGUGAGAAAUUCUCUGCCGUUAUUGUUUUUCCACUUGCGACGGAGGAGUCUGAGACCCAGUAUCCCAACUUGCGCACAGCGCAGUGCAUGCAAGAGGCGCUGGUGGAGUUCUGGGCGAGAAACCACAUCAGCGCCCCAUUGUCAGAGUACUUCGGAAUGUACCACCUAGCCAAUGUUGUGUCCGUGAAUUCCACAUCUUCAGCAUUCUACGGGAUUUUUGUCCAUUCGAAGCUCGUUGCCAUCGACUACGACACUGAAGGUGCCGAAGCCAUCGUCGGCAGUGCCAACCUGAAUGAUCGCUCCCUGCUCGGGGACCGCGAUGCAGAGGUAAGCGUGGCCGUCAGGGGCCCUUUCGUCCAGGCGAUGAUGUCUAUUCUGCUUCAGUCUCACGCAGCAUCUUCUUUACCCAGUGCUGUGGACCUGCAGCCACAUCUAUCUGAAGUAGCCGAGGCCAACGCUGAGAGACUCAAGGACAUUGGCAUGGACUGGGCCAAGGGCACCUUGGGAUCCAAGCAGCUCCUGGAUCAGAACAUCAGGGCACCUCUCGCGCGGGCAGAUCCGGUGCUCGACACCGCCGAGGCCUUCAUGGUCGGCGCAGGAGUUCACUGGAAGCUGGUGCCCGGACAGUUGCAGCAGGAACUGAGAGGUCAACUGCUUCCUUGGAAUGUGGCCUUGUGGGGUGAUGCAGAUGUAUACAGGUCCUGGAAGCACUUUCAUCCGACGGGCGCGUGGCUGCAGACCUCCUAG